GUGUUGCCGUCAGAUCAGGGAGGAGCCUUAAAGGGGCAACAGGAGUCCAGCCGGCAGAUUGGACAAACAGCUGGAGGCAACUCUCCCUGAAAAGGCCACGGGACUUCAGAGAGACUCUUGAGAGACUAGUCCUACCUCGGAGGUAGGGCUGGCUGUCCAACUGGCAGGAAGCUCAUGGGUAUCAUGUGGCUCCACUUAGUUCCAAGUGGCCAUGAGAGGCAGCAGGUCUGAGCGCAAGACCGGAGGUGGCUUCUAUCUGAUUAUAUUGGGGAGCUGAUUUAUCUAUGAAGCGUAUUCUGUUUGCUCUUUAGACUCUAACAGGCCAGGGAGGCUCCAGGACCCAGGAACAAGGAAACACAGUCCAAAUUCUGAAGAAUAAACCAUGAAGCCCAGUGAAAAGGACUCCACAGAUUCCAAAGACAGUGAUUCGACGAAAGAGAAAUUGGACUGGUCCUGCUCGCUCAUCGUGGCCUCUCUCGUGGGUGCCUUCGGCUCCUCCUUCCUCUACGGGUACAACCUGUCGGUGGUGAACGCCCCAACUCCGUACAUCAAGUCCUUCUACAAUGAAUCAUGGGAAAGAAGGCAUGGACAUCCAAUAGACCAAGACACUCUGACCCUGCUCUGGUCUGUGACGGUGUCCAUAUUCGCCAUUGGUGGACUCGUGGGGACGUUAAUGGUGAAGCUGAUCGGAAAGGUUCUUGGGAGGAAGUACACUCUGCUGGUCAACAAUGGGUUUGCAAUAACUGCUGCCUUGCUGAUGGCCUGUUCUCUCCAGGCAGGAGCCUUUGAAAUGCUCAUCCUGGGACGAUUCGUCAUGGGCGUGGACGGAGGCAUCGCCCUCAGCGUGCUUCCCAUGUACCUGAACGAGAUCUCACCCAAGGAGAUCCGUGGCGCUCUGGGGCAGGUGACCGCCAUCUUCAUCUGCAUUGGCGUGUUCGCGGGGCAGCUGCUGGGCCUGCCUGAGCUGCUGGGGAAGGAGAGCACCUGGCCGUACCUGUUUGGAGUGAUCGCUGUCCCCGCCUUGGUCCAGCUGGUGAGCCUGCCCUUCCUCCCCGAGAGCCCGCGCUACCUGCUCUUUGAGAAGCACGACCAGGCGGGAGCCGAGAAAGCCUUCCGGAUCUUCCUGGGCAAAGAGGACGUCUCCCGGGAGGUGGAGGAGGUCCUGACGGAGAGCCGUGCGCAGAGGAACAUCCGCCUGGCGUCCGUGCUGGAGCUGCUCCGGAGCCCCUGGGUCCGCUGGCAGGUCAUUACCGUGGUCGUCACCAUGGCCUGCUACCAGCUGUGCGGUCUCAACGCGAUUUGGUUCUAUACCAACAGCAUCUUUGGAAAAGCUGGGAUCCCUCCAGAAAAGAUCCCAUACAUCACCUUGAGCACCGGGGGCAUCGAGACUUUGGCCGCCAUCUUCUCUGGCUUGGUCAUUGAGCGCCUGGGACGGAGACCCCUCCUCAUGGGCGGCUUUGGGCUGAUGGCCGUCUUCUUUGGGAUCCUCACCGCCACCCUGACACUGCAGGACCAUGCCCCCUGGAUCCCAUACCUGAGUAUCGUGUGCAUUCUGGCUGUCAUCGCCUCCUUCUGCAGCGGACCAGGGGGCAUCCCGUUCAUCCUGACCGGCGAGUUCUUCCAGCAGCCCCAGCGGCCGGCCGCUUUCAUCAUCGCGGGCGCCGUCAACUGGCUCUCCAACUUCGCCGUGGGGCUCCUCUUCCCGUUCGUCCAGAAAAGUCUGGGCACCUACUGUUUCCUGGUUUUUGCUGUGAUCUGCCUCACAGGUGCCAUCUAUUUCUAUUUUGUCCUGCCUGAGACGAAAAACAGAACCCAUGCAGAGAUCAGCCAAGCAUUCGCCAAAAGGAACAAGGUCUCCCCACCGGAGGAGAACACGGACUCAGCCGUGAGCGACAAUAAGGUGGCCCAAAAGCCCGAGCAAGACUCCACCUUCACACCGAACAAUUAUGUCAAAAAUGGGAUUGUCUAAACAGAUGUGUCUCACCAUUUCAGGAAACCAGAGGUUUCCCUACACGGUUAAUAUUAUUAAGUACUUAACAAUAAACCUUUGCUAACGUAA